AUGUCUUCUAAACUGGUCCGAAAAGGCUUAGAAUUGUUACAUAAGGAUGCAGGUCUAAGAUCUCAGAAGCGUAAGGCAGCGGAAAAGGCGAAACAGCCAUCCAAGAAGCGCAAAGGUGCGGGUACUGUCAAAGAUAAACAAAGAGCACGUGGAGUUCAAAACCAGGGCCUGAAAUUAUCAACAGGUAUUAAAAUUUGCAACAAAGCUAGAUAGUUUCAUAGAAAAUCUGAAGAACCACUGUCCACAAGCGAUGCUAAUUUUAACAAAUUUUACAUUGCCAUUACAUGAAGAACAUCAUUGAGUGGUUGAGGGAGGGAGGGGGUCUGUUGUUGCAGACAGUAAAGUGGAUAUGUGGUACCUCCGUAAUUUCUGAGAAAUGACGCACAAAGCCAAGGAGAAAAUAGCAGACAGACAGAACAAUAUGGUAUUUGAGGAUUAACUUUCUGGUAUGUAGAAAUAUAUCGAACAAUUCUAUUCUACCACUCUUUUGAUAACCUAUUUCUGACAAACUCACAAAACUGUGAACACCAGAAAUAUUUAUGAAAUGUUAUCGUGUUGGGAGGAGGAAGUCAAUAAGGCGUGAGAAAACUAAACCAAAAACAGCAACGGCAAUAAGGGGGAUGUUUUGCAUGGAGGCAUUAUUUUAUAUAUUGGUGGUAUUAGUGGUAUAUUAGUGGUAUUCAGUUUAUUUAUUUGCAAGAAAAAAAAAUACAGACAUUCAAUAAAUUGUAUACAUGAAAAAAUAAUAAUAUUGGAAGGUUGAAGGUGAUGUCACAGCAAGGAGCCCUGUGACCCCUUUUGAUUUUAUUCAGAUUCUUUCAUACAGAAAUUUAUCCAAUCAGAAGGCAGCUGGAAACUUUCCUCUACUUCUGAUUGGUUAAUGUCUGGGUGAAAGAAUGUUAGUUAAUUAAAGGAGGUGACACUUAAUGUAAUUACAUUAAGUAAAAGAAUAAUAAAUAUUUUUUUCUUGUGAGGAAGCUCAAAAACUGUUGGGGCUUAUUACUGUGAGCUCCCUCCCUAACUUAAGAGCAUAAAUACAACAAAUGAGUGGCAAAAUAGUCUAGCGGUAAAAGCUUAAGGUUUCAGGGUUCCAGUAGGACACACCCACUUGAAAAUUCAUAAAGUUCCCCCUCUUUCCCACCCCUCUCCCCCCCUGUCUGUCAAAUUAUUGCUCUUGGGCUCUUGGUCUGUUGAUUUCCUAGAAGAAUAGGCCAUUUGCAUGAUGGCGUCAUUUUACUACUAUGACAAGGAUCCUUCAAGGUUUAGCUUUCUUGUGCAAAUUGGGGCUUUUGUUAUUUAAACCUCACUGAGAUUACCAAAUUUAAAUAUGAAAAGAAAAACGAAAAGAAUUCUGGUCGUAGUAGUAAAGUGACGCCAUCAUGUAAAUGGCCCAUAGACCAGGAAUGAGGUUGGUCAGAAGUGGAAAUGGAUCUCAAUACAUUGUGUUUAAAUUGAUGACAGUCGAUUGUAACCUACUUGCAGGUCGAAAACAGAAGGAGCAGCCUGUAGACUUCACAGAACAGAAUUUGGAGUACUUCAAAAAAGCCACAUGGAAGAUCAAAGGAGACACUUAUGAUAAAGUAAAGUAUUUCUAGCGUGCAUGUACUCGUACAUUUUGUACUUCUUACCAGCCUCAAACGUCGGUUACUGGUUGUUUCGAUACAAAGUUGUUUCAAUACAAGUCGUUUUGAUACAAGUUUUUUCAUUUAAAUCAUUCCACGUACUUGGAUUAAAGAACGAAGAUAUUCACUCAAAAUGUUUUUCUUGUUCACUCGCAAACUAUACUUAAAGUGAACGAAAUUUUUUGUGCAAUUUCACUGCUUGAGUUUGUAUCAAAACGACUCGUAUCGAAACGACCGUUUUCCCAAAAGUCCCUUCUCUCAACCAUUUUCAAGUGGCUCACUUACUCAUUAUUUUCGGACCCUUAAACAAUGGCUACACUUGUAAAAGUUGUAUUAAAUUGACCCCUGGAUUCUGCUCCAUAAAAAUAAUUUUACUUUAACCUUUGUCAGGACAGUUUGAUCUUUAAAUGGGAAUAUCCUUAAAUCGAUUAUCGGGGCUCCAUUGUAAUACUAAAUAUGAUCUUAUUUUUAGUGAUAUGAAGAAAAACUUAAGUAAUAAUUUUAAUACUCUAAUAACUGAAGAUUCGCUCCUGUUUUUUUUUUUUUGCAGAUUUUAGAAAGACAGAAAAAGCUUCCAAGGAAUAAGAACUUGAAAGAAAAGCAGGAAGAAUCCGACGCCGAAAAAGGAGGGCUGUUUGAUGAUUAGCAAA